UCUGCUUACUCUGGAUCAUAUGCCAUCUCCAUCGAAAUCUUAAAGGUGACUCCUUUUUCAAUGAAUUCUUCUGUUUCAGAUCCAUUCUGGGAUCUUUUAAAUGGUAUCCUGUUAGCCUCGGGCUCUUUUAUUUGAUAACACCAAACAAGUGCGAUUCCAUUCUGCGUGGGAAGGCUUUGAAGAUGCAGCACCAGGUGAUUCAUCUCCAACAAGAGUUGAAGCUGGCAAAGGAGGAGAAAUCGCGAGCUCUCCAAGAGCUCGAAGAGUUGAGAUGGAGGAUGUCGUCGGAAAAAAAUGCCAUCAAGAAUUCAGUACGUUCCAAGGCUAAAAUGGAAAUGUUAGAGGCCGACUUGGAGAAAGCAAGGGAAUCAGAAAGAAAAAUGCUCGAGUCCCUCACCUCCCAAACCAAACAGCUCGAGCAGACCAAGAUAUCGCUCGAAGAAGCCAAGCUGGAUGUAAGGUCCCUCAACGAGAGCAUCAAAAUUUUGGAGGGCUCUGCCAACCGAGGCCCCAGAACACUUGGGAAGAGCAUCACAUUGGAUGCGGUUCAUGGUAAUGAGGAGAUUGGGGUGCUGAGGACCGAGCUUAGGCUGGCUUUGGAAGCAGAGGAAAAGAGCAAGAAGGCCAUGGAUGAUCUAGCUAUGGCCCUCAAGGAAGUAUCGACAGAAUCCAAGAAAACCCAAUUGGAGUUAGGUAGCACGAGGGCUGAAAAUGAACACCUCAAGUCCAUGAUAAAGCACGCAGAGGAGAAGCUUCGGGUGGCAUUGGAAGAGUCCAGGAGGCUGAAGUUUGAGGCAGAGGAAACAUUUGGUACUUGGAGUGAGAAGGAAAAUGGGUUCAUAAAUUGCAUGAAGAUGUCCGAAGAAGAGAUUACUAGUCUGAAAAGAGAGAAUGGUAGAUUGGUCGAUUCACAGAGGGCAGCAAGAGAAGAGAUCUCCAAGCUUCGGGACAUAUUAAAACAAGCGAUCAACGAGGCUAACGUGGUGAAAGAAGCCUUGGAGAUUGCUAGGACCGAGAAUUCUCAGCUCAAGGAUGCGCUAUCAGGGAAGGAUAAGGCAUUCCAAAGCAUGAAGCAGGAACUUGAAUGCCUCAAGGUCAGUGAAGCUGCUGCUCUCGAUAGCGUUAAGGAGCUGCAGAGCUUGCUCGUCGCCGCAUCUUCUAUGGAUUCGAGCAGAAAUACCAAUCCAUUCGAGAGUGGAUCAUUAUUCCCCGCGAAGGCACCGGCGAAUGAGGUCAGAGCUCGUAAACCAAUGGCACGAUUCCCAUCAGACCAAUGGAGAGUUGAAGACUUAAACGGCCGAGCUGGAGGCAGGCAUUCAUUGGGAGAUUCUGAAAGGUUUGAGGGAUCUAUAUUUGAUAUGGUCGAGCCACCGGAGCAGAGGAAGGAUCAAGCAGUUGCAUUGAUGGACAAAAGUUACGAAAAUUCGGUGAGUUUUGAUGAUUCUGAUCAUAUAAAUGGAAGACAAUUAGAAAAAUCAGAGUUCGGAUGGGAAUCGCCAAUGAGGCAGAGAAAGAAAAGGCAAAUUCUCCGGAGAUUUGGAGACAUACUGAGAAGGAGAAGCUUUCAAAAGUAGUGCCUAUCCUGCGUAUUUAUUUCAUUAUUAUUUAGGCCUGCCAAUUCUUGUAGCUUUUUUCUGUAUUCUCUUUGCAGAACCUUUUGCUUGUCGGCAGAAAAGAUAAAAAAAUGGUUCUUUUUGCAUAA